AGUAACUGACGUGUACAAAAUUAAAUUGCGCGAUCACCAGUAGGUUAGACCACUAAGUGUUGAAUGACAAACAUUUAUUAUAGGAAAUAGUGCAACAAUGCUCGACUUAUUUACUAUAUUUAGUAAAGGGGGGAUUGUACUAUGGUGUUUCCAAAAUACCUCGCAACUAUUUGCUCCUAGUGUUAAUGCACUUAUACGAAGUGUCAUAUUGCAAGAGCGUACAGGAAAUCAUACCUUUGAACAUGAUUCGUUACGUCUACAAUACAAACUCGAUAAUGAGUUUGAACUGGUAUUUGUUGUAGCAUACCAGAAAAUACUGCAAUUAUCUUAUGUAGAUAAAUUUUUAAACGAUAUCCAUUUAGAAUUCCGAGACAGAUUUAAAAAUGAAUUGGAAAGGUCUCAAUGGUUUUGUAAAUUUGAAUUUCAAAGUAAUUAUGAGAAUGUACUCGCGAUGGCUGAACAAUGGGCACGGAUACAGGCUAAAAUACCCAAACAAAUGCGUACGUUCGACGAGAGUCAAAAGUCCAAAAAGACUGUUGCUAGUAUGAUCGAACGGAAGGACGAUAAAGAUAAUAAAAAACAGGGUAAAAAGAAGAGGGGAGUUAAUACUAAUAAAGAUGAUCAAAUAAAAGUUCAUGAGAUCCCAAAGCAGGAUGUACAAAAUAACCAAACAAAUAAUCAUAAUCAUAACGGGGAAAUAGGUGAAGACAUUUUAAUCGCAAACCGUUUGAAAUUGGCUCAAAGCAUGAACCCUCACAAGAAGAAACUUGAGAAGCAGAAGAGCCGUAAACAAGAAAAAGCUGGCAAGAAACCUCGUGUAUGGGAAUUAGGUGGGACCACCAAGGAUCUAGCUACAUUAGAGCGCACCAAAGACAAGCCAGAAGAAGGUGGAGAUUAUGUGCCAGCUGAUACAACAUUAGUGGGCCAGAUGAAGGGAUCCAUCCGCGACUUAGAAGUAGAAAGCGAGUCGGAGGACGAAUCGAACAAGGAAAUUGUAAAUUCCAAACCGCAAGUACAAAAGAAAUCCAGUAGUAUGUUUUCCAUGUUCAAAAGCUUGGUUGGCAAUAAGAGCUUGAAGUACGACGACAUGGCUCCAGUUUUGGAGAAACUGAAGGAUCAUUUGAUCGCGAAAAACGUAGCUGCCGAUAUUGCCCAAAAAUUGUGCGAUUCCGUUGGUGUGAAAUUGGAGGGAAAGGUGCUCGGCACAUUCGACAGCGUCACCAAUACCAUUAAAGCAAGCUUGACGGACGCAUUGGUACAAAUAUUAUCGCCGAAAAGGCGUGUCGACGUUCUGCGAGAUGCGAUAGAAGCCAAAAAGGACAAGAGACCAUAUGUGAUGGCCUUCUGUGGGGUCAAUGGCGUGGGGAAAUCGACGAAUCUAGCAAAAAUUUGUUUCUGGCUCAUCGAAAAUAAUUUCCGCGUGCUUAUCGCUGCGUGCGACACGUUCAGAGCCGGCGCGGUCGAACAAUUGAGGACUCAUACGCGUCAUUUGAACGCUCUGCAUCCCCCGGAGAAGCAUGAGAAUCAAUGUAUGGUUCAGCUGUACGAGAAAGGGUACGGCAAAGACGCGGCUGGCAUAGCCAUGGAAGCGAUCCGGUUCGCCAAGGACUCGAGGAUCGACGUAGUCUUGGUAGACACUGCUGGCAGAAUGCAAGACAACGAGCCGUUGAUGAGAGCCUUGGCCAAGUUGAUCAAAGUGAACGAACCGGAUCUAGUUCUGUUCGUCGGCGAAGCUCUCGUCGGCAACGAAGCUGUUGAUCAAUUAGUGAAAUUCAAUCAAGCGUUGGCUGAUCACAGUCAAUCCAGCAAUCCUCAUAUCAUUGACGGGAUCGUGUUGACUAAGUUUGAUACAAUCGAUGAUAAGGUAGGCGCGGCGAUUUCUAUGACGUACAUUACCGGACAACCAAUCGUUUUUGUUGGCACGGGACAAACGUACACGGAUCUGAAGUCGUUGAACGCGAAGGCUGUAGUACACGCUCUGAUGAAAUAAUUGUUGAUUCUAAUAAUAAAAUAUUUGAACUUAUUUAUUCUGAGACAUUUCGAGGACUGUUAUCGGCAGAUUCGGGGAACGAGGAUCAUUGAUAUUAUUAUUAUUAUUAUUAUUAUUAUUAUUAUUACACAUGAUAUUAUCCAUUUACAGUGACAUACAGAAAAGAUUUUUAGAACGGAGAACAACGCCGUCGUGUCGAGAAACUUAUUCCUCUUGAUGCCUUAACAACGCAGAUUAUACAACUUCGAUUCAAAUAAAGAGACAUAACGCAAA